UAUUACAGAAUAAGCGUUGACGGGUUGAUUGUAUAUUUUCCGUAUGAUUAUAUUUAUCCAGAACAGUAUGCGUACAUGCUGGAGCUCAAGCGUGGCCUGGAUGCCAAGGGACAUUGUUUGUUGGAAAUGCCUUCAGGCACUGGCAAAACGAUAACUUUAUUGUCACUCAUUAUGGCCUAUAUGCUGGAGCAUCCAUUAGAUGUAACAAAAUUGAUUUAUUGUUCCCGGACAGUACCAGAGAUAGAAAAAGUUAUAGAGGAGUUGAAGAAGCUUAUGGAUUAUUAUGAGGAAGAAACCAAAAGCAAGCCAAAAAUUGUCGGUCUAGUUCUUAGCUCGCGUAAGAAUAUGUGUAUUCAUCCUGAGGUCAGUAGAGAACGCGAAGGUAAAAUUGUAGAUGGCCGUUGUCAUUCUCUUACUGCAUCAUAUGUACGAGAGAGACAUAAUUGUGAUGAAUCUACGCCAAUUUGUAAUUUUUAUGAAGGAUUUGAUAUGGAAGGCAGGGAACAAAUAAUGCCUCCUGGUAUUUACUCCAUUGAUGAUUUAAAAGAAUACGGGAGGGAUCGUAAUUGGUGUCCGUACUUCCUUGCAAGAUUUACAAUCUUGCAUGCGCAGAUUGUAGUGUACAGUUAUCAUUAUUUAUUAGAUCCAAAGAUUGCUGAGACUGUAUCCAAAGAGUUAAGCAGGAGUUCAGUAGUUAUCUUUGAUGAGGCUCAUAAUAUUGAUAAUGUCUGCAUCGAUUCUAUGAGUGUAAAGAUAAACAGAAAGUUAAUGGAGAAAAGUACAGCUAACAUACAACUCUUAGAGAAAACUGUAGCCGAAAUGAGAGAAGAGGAUGUAAAUAAACUGAAGGAAGAGUACGAAAGAUUGGUCGAAGGACUGAAGGAUGCUCAAUUCCAGAGAGAAACUGAUGUCAUUUUAGCCAAUCCUAUUUUACCAAAUGAAAUACUUGAAGAAGUCGUUCCGGGUAACAUAAGAAAUGCCGAGCAUUUUGUUAGUUUCUUGAAACGGUUCGUCGAAUACUUAAAAACUCGCUUACGCGUUCAACACGUCGUGCAAGAAUCGCCCGCAGCAUUUCUUAAGGACAUCCAAGCGAAGGUCGCUAUUGAACGAAAACCGUUGCGAUUUUGCGCGCAAAGAUUAGCGUCCCUCUUACGCACUAUGGAGAUAACAGAUCUAACAGAUUUCUCUCCGAUAAUCCUAGUGACGCAUCUUGCGACAUUAGUUUCUACCUACACGCACGGCUUCACAAUUAUAGUGGAACCAUUCGAUGAUAAAACGCCAACAGUAUUGAAUCCAAUUUUACAUUUUAGUUGUCUAGAUUCUUCCAUUGCUAUCAAACCCAUAUUUGAUAGAUUCCAGUCUGUAAUAAUCACUUCCGGGACGUUGUCCCCAUUGGAUAUGUAUCCCAAAGUUUUAAACUUUCAUCCGGUUAUAAUGUCGUCGUUUACAAUGACAUUGGCUAGACCGUGUCUUUUACCCAUGAUCGUUGCUAAAGGUAAUGAUCAAGUUGCCAUUUCGUCGAAAUACGAAACACGAGAAGAUGUGGCUGUUAUAAGAAAUUAUGGUCAAUUGUUAGUCGAAUUUGCUGCGACAGUGCCCGACGGCUUAGUUUGUUUUUUUACGUCAUAUUUAUAUAUGGAAUCCGUAGUGGCCGCAUGGUAUGAUCAAGGAGUUGUGGAUCAACUUCAGAGGCAUAAAUUAUUAUUUAUCGAAACUCAGGAUUCGGCGGAAACUAGUCUAGCUCUGAUCAAUUACAUAAAGGCUUGCGAGAAUGGUAGAGGAGCUGUUCUACUCUCAGUGGCUCGUGGAAAGGUGUCCGAAGGCGUCGAUUUUGAUCAUCAUUUAGGCAGAGCUGUGCUGAUGUUCGGUAUACCUUACGUGUACACGCAGUCACGUAUCUUGAAGGCGCGUUUGGAGUAUCUCCGAGAUCAAUUUCAAAUUCGAGAAAACGAUUUUUUAACUUUUGACGCUAUGAGACACGCAGCACAAUGCGUAGGACGUGCGAUCAGAGGGAAAACAGAUUAUGGUAUCAUGGUGUUUGCAGAUAAGAGAUUUUCAAGAAUAGAUAAACGAAGCAAAUUACCGAAAUGGAUACAGGAACAUUUGAAUGAUAGUUUAUGCAACUUAUCAACUGAAGAAGCUAUACAGAUCAGUAAAAGAUGGUUACGACAAAUGGCACAGCCAUUCACGCGUGAGAACCAACUUGGAUUGUCAUUAUUGACGAGAGAACAACUUGAGAAAGAAGAGGCUGCCAAGAUCGAACAAAAGGCUCAGCAAAAUUGA